GUCUCUCCUGUGUUGUAGCUGACCUACCUGCCUCCUCCGUGGGGRGAGUGUGAGUCCAAGGCCCUAGACUCUGGCUUCUUCCAGGUCUAUAGUGUGACAGCUUGCAGGAUCGACUGUGAGACACGCUACAUYGUGGAAAACUGUAACUGCAGGAUGGUGCACAUGCCCGGUGAUUCUCCAUUCUGUACCCCUGAACAGUACAAAGACUGUGCCGAGCCUGCCCUUGCCAAGUUGUCAAUGCUGGAGAGUAGUAACUGCAUCUGUAGGACACCAUGCAACAUGACACGCUACAACAAGGAGCUGUCCAUGGUCAAGAUCCCCAGUAAGACCUCAGCACGCUACCUGGAAAAGAAGUUCAACCGCUCUGAGAAAUACAUCACGGAUAACAUCCUAGUCCUGGAUGUGUUCUUUGAGGCCUUGAACUAUGAGACCAUUGAGCAGAAGAAAGCCUACGAAGUGGCAGGCUUACUUGGUGAUAUAGGUGGUCAGAUGGGUCUGUUCAUCGGGGCCAGUAUCCUUACCAUCCUGGAGCUAUUUGACUACGCCUAUGAGGUGGUGAAGGACAAGUUGCUGGACCUACUGAGCCGAGACGACGAGGAGGAGAGCCACGGAGAGGACGUGAGUUCCUGUGACCCGGUGGCGAACCACUCGGAGGCCAUCAGCCACACGGUGAGCGUCCCCCUACAGACCACCCUGGGCACGCUGGAGGAGAUCGCYUGCUGAGCCCCCAGCCCAGCUCCACACACACACCAGGCAAGGCCACUGUGAGCCACCACCACACGGGGAGCCAGUGAGCAGCAGCCUCUUCCACAGGCUACCAGGACAGAAUGAUAGUGACUUUGGUGGGGAGGAUGCGUAGCUGGUCAGAGGAAAGGGUGGCUGGGUUGGGCUAGACUGGGCUGGGCCUCCCCUCCACACUGUCACUGUAGCACUAAUGGGGAUUAAGGAGCUGUCACCUGGACUUACUGGUGCUCUCUGUUACUGGAACUGUUACUGUUACUGUACUGCUGGAGGAGGACAGCCGCCUCCCCUCCCCCUCACGUGCUCAUCUACCUGACUCAUAGGUCUUCUCCAGUUCACAGACAGACAGACUACACUGUAAACCUAACGGGAAGGGACUCAUCUCUGUCCUAGACAUGUGUAUUCACUAGUCACCCAUCGGUCAGUGCUGCCAGACAUUGUACCAUAACAGUUGCUGUGAACUGUCCAAGUUGCAUGCGCUGCUUCCUCUYGGAGACGGUUUCUCUCUUUGGUGAUGCUGAUUGGCUGACACUGGACUGAAGUGGUGCUUUACUGUACAUUUGCCCUGUUUCUCUCUCUCUCUGUCAUUCUCUGUCUCUCUCCGUGGCCUAUGAGAUGAGGCCAGCUAUAGAAAUAGAAUGUAUAAAUUGAACAUGGUUCACUAUAACAUAUUUCAUAUGACACAUCCAUCUAAGGCAGUUCCAUUKUGUUGAUGCACUGUUUUCUUAGGUGGCAGGUUGUAUAUCUACGGGAAGGGCUGUUGGGACUGUAUUUGCAUUCAUAUUGGGAAAACAUGAACAUUCUAAAGAAUCAAUUCCAAAAUGACUGUUUUGCGUUCGGUUAUUYAUUUUGUUGUUUAAUGCAUCCGUUCUAUUGAUUCCACUCCUAUCAAUUUACCACAAGGUUAGUACGCCGAGGGAAGGCAAGGUACUGAGCUGCUUCUUAACAACAUAUUAAACAGGUGCCAUAUUCCUAUGUGUAAACUCAUGUAAAUUAUUAAACGCUUGCCUCUUGGCGGCAGCGCCUCAGUGGGGUAAAAGCACUCAUUGAUGACUGAGGCUGAGCCAAAACCAGAGAGGUGGAGUAUGACAUUGUUUACCUGGCAGAAUACAAGCAGAGUACAAAUGUCGCUCAUAAAUGAACAUGCUGRGGGGGUUUAGUUUCAUUUCAGCUGCAUGAUGUGGGUGUGUUGUCUGGUGAGAACUGAUGGACUCCCAACUCAUCAUAUUUUACAUAAUGGUCUUGGCCCUUACAUGGAGAUAGCCCAGCUAGAAAUUGAAUUGAAUUGAAAAUUGAAUUUCCAUGAUAAUCACGGUUCUAUUAAUGGAAAUAAUGUUUGGAUGAUAAAAAUUGCACCGAUGUAGAUUCAGAUGAGGGGAAAUGAUCUUCUGAUUMAUUUGWGGAUACAGGRUGUGUUGUAUUGUGAUGUUAAUGUUGGUGUUGUGGCAAACCAAAACGGGUACGAGACAGUGUUCUGUCCUGUCUACAGUGGACAUGUUAUUGAAGAAGGACUUACAUGAACCGACUUAYGACUGGUUGACAUUUUSAUUUGAAGCAAAUACAAAUUUGCUAACAGAGCAGGRUAAUACUAACACAACGGGUUCAAAUAAUCAAGCCCAACAUGUAAAACCUGUCGUUUGCAGAAACGGUAGCCUGCAGACUUUGCCGGGACUAUUGUCCAUCUCUGACUGAAAGACACAAGCUUUGUCAAAUUGGAGSUGAUUUUAAGCCCAAUAUUUKUUUAAUAGACRAUAGCCCCAACCAAACACAUUUAAUAACCAGUUAAAAUCAAAAUCACCAAACCAUGGGUGGUGUGAAAACCACAGGUGUUUUUCUGUUCUCAAAAGUGACAAAGGACUAUCCAAAGCCCUGACAUGAAACGCUGACUGGUCUGAGUCCAUCUCAAAAAGGAUUUGGUUCRCACUUYAUGUUUCUUUAACACCCCUCCCAUCUAGUGCCAUCACACUAAAAGGGGCCAUAUUGCAUCACUAUGAUAUGACGAGUACAUCYAUCCAGAGUAGCAUAUCAAUUAGCYAUGAUUAUUCAGACAGGCGGCAGGUAGCCUAGCAGUUAGCGUGUUGGGCCAUUAACCGAAAGGUCGCUGGUUUGAAUACCCAAGCCG